CCUCCGGCCCAGCUCCCGCCCGCCCCAGGCUCCCCGGGCCCGCGCCGCGCGCUCUUUCUCCGACAGCUGCCCGGGAGCCCAGCUCGCCGCUCCGCGUCCUGCCCGGUCUGUCCUCUAGACUCGCCGCCCGCCGUCGCCGCGCCAUGGCCACCCAGCAAAUAGCCCUCCAGGGCCCGGGACCGUGGGGCUUCCGCCUCGUAGGGGGCAAGGACUUCGAGCAACCUCUCACCAUUUCCCGGGUCACUCCUGGAAGCAAGGCUGCUAUGGCUAAUUUAUGUAUUGGAGAUGUAAUCACAGCCAUCGAUGGGGAAAAUACCAGCAAUAUGACGCACUUGGAAGCUCAGAACAAAAUCAAGGGCUGCACAGACAACAUGACUCUCACAGUAGCCAGAUCUGAACAGAAAAUCUGGUCUCCUCUGGUGACAGAGGAAGGGAAACGACACCCAUACAAGAUGAAUUUAGCCUCCGAACCCCAAGAGGUCCUACACAUCGGAAGCGCCCACAACCGGAGUGCCAUGCCCUUUACGGCCUCACCUGCCUCCAGCUCUGCCCCCAGGGUCAUCACAAACCAGUACAACAACCCAGCUGGCCUCUACUCCUCUGAAAACAUCUCCAACUUCAACAAUGCCUUGGAGUCAAAGACGGCAGCCAGUGGGCAGGAGACGAAUGGCAGAGGCUUAGACCAUUCUCAGCUUCCAAGCGGACUCGUCAUUGACAAAGAAUCUGAAGUUUACAAGAUGCUUCAGGAGAAACAGGAGCUGAAUGAGCCUCCAAAACAGUCCACUUCAUUCUUGGUUUUGCAGGAAAUCCUGGAGUCUGAGGAGAAAGGGGAUCCCAACAAGCCGUCAGGAUUCAGAAGUGUUAAGGCUCCAGUCACCAAAGUGGCUGCUUCGAUUGGAAAUGCCCAGAAGUUGCCCAUGUGUGACAGAUGUGGCACCGGCAUUGUCGGCACAUUCGUGAAGCUGCGGGACCGUCACCGCCACCCUGAGUGUUACGUGUGCACCGACUGUGGCACCAACCUGAAACAGAAGGGCCACUUCUUCGUGGAGGAUCAGAUCUACUGCGAAAAGCACGCCCGGGAGCGUGUCACUCCACCCGAGGGCUACGACGUGAUCACUGUGUUCCCCAAGUGAGCCGGCCGCGCUGCACCGAACGUGGUUCUCCAUCCAGCCCCUGCUGCAUCUUUUCCUCUGAAAGCUCUGGCCUCUCUUUGCUUGGAAGUUCUCGCUUACUUUGAUUAUCCCUGCCCAUUAAAUGUCUUGUCCCCUUUGCUAACUGACUCACGCUGGCUGUGUGCCGCCCGCUUUUGUAAUUAACAGAAGAUGGUCUUGUGGGGUGUCGCCUUGCCAGUGUCACUGUGUCUUCUCUUCCCCUGCAUUCAUCUCUGCUGCAGAUGGACAUCAGCCAGAUUUGAACCAAACUGAAUUUAACGUCUGACAAUGAUUUUGUUUUUACUCAAUAAAUUGACGUCAAGGCAG